AUGGGGGAGCAUAAGAGUGCCUUCCCAAAAACUAGAGUUGGGAUCGGCAACAAGGUAGAGACGGUCCAAGGGGAGCAGAUUGACAAGGAUGAUAUGCCUGAGGGUGCUAAGCUUGGAGGUGCUACGCCUGGAGGUCCUCCGGGGGCUUCGUCUCGCCGGGAGCCAUUCUCUCCACCGGAGCUGCGCGAGUGGUUUGCCCGGCGCUGGAGGCGUGCUGCUGGAGCUGGAGGUUCUUCGGCUGCUGAGGGUGCUAGUGCCGCGGGUCCCGGAGGUGCUCGUACUGGGAGUACUGGAGCUGCUGGGCCUGCGGGUUUGACUGGAGCUAGUGCUGGUGCGGGCGUUGGUACUGAGCCUACUGCUCGCGGUCCUGCUGGGGGUACUACUAGUGCUGCUGGAGGUUCUAGAGCUACUGGAGGUGCUGCUGGAGCGGGUGCUCCUGCAAGGGGUAAUGGUGCUGUCCCUGCUGUGUCUGGUGUCGCCGCACAGCCUCGAACGUACUUCGUUCCACUCCUGCAGCAGCGUCGUGAGCCUGCGUCUCGCCCUGCGUCGCCUGUCCGUGCUGCUCGCACUAGUGGUCGUGGUUCGCGCCAGCGUCCUCCUCCUGUCCUUGGCACGCACAGGAUGUCUCUGCGUCCGUCCAUUGCUCCUCUGCGUGCCCCUUUGCCUUCUCCUCCUGAGUCCUCUUUUUUUGCUCUUGCCGACCCGGCGUCGGACUCUCUUCGUGCUGCCACUCCUACUGUCACACGUCUCUUUGCUACUGUCGUCACUGACCCUUCUUUCGAGUCCACUGCUGCGUUUGCCCUAUUUACUGAGCUCGUCGACUUUGCUGCUCGCUGUCGCCUAGACUACGCUGCUAGUCUUGUCGCUGAGUCUGAGUCUGUCUGUCCUCCGUCCGUCGGGGGUGAGUGUGCCCUUGGCUCGGACGCCCUUGAGGACAGGCACGAGAAGUUCCAGUGCCUGGCCGCUGCUUCACCUCAUCUCGUGUCCGUACUGCUUACCCCUGAGGGAGACCCGGAUGCACUUGACAUCUCGACUCCGCGCUCUUACGCGGAGGCGAUAGAGGGUCCCUAUUCCUCUCACUGGCAGGUAGCUAUGGAUGCAGGGAUGGCUUUGUGGAAGUCCACAAGCACCUACGUUGACGCUGUCCCCCCUCUUGGGGCGAACAUCGUCAGUGGCAUGAGGAUUUUCAGGGUGAAGCGGCCGCCGGGUUCUCCGCCAGUCUUCAAGGCGCGUUACGUGGCUCGUGGAUUCAGUCAACGGCAGGGAGUUGACUACUUUCAGACCUUCUCUCCCACCCCGAAGAUGACCACUCUUCGGGUACUGCUGCACGUAGCUGCUCACCGUGACUACGAGCUACACUCUCUUGACUUCAGCACUGCUUUCUUGCAGGGCAGCCUGCACGAGGUGAUGUGGCUGCGCCGCCCACCUGGCUUCAUUGGGACUUUUCCUCCUGGCACCCAGUGGAGCCUCCGGCGGCCAGUCUACGGUCUCCGCCAGGCACCGCGUCAGUGGCACAACACACUGAGGACUACGCUUGCGGCUCUUGGGUUUGCUCCUUCUACAGCCGACCCGUCGCUGUUUCUGCGCACCAACACUUCUUUGUCGCCGUUCUACAUCCUCGUGUACGUCGACGACUUGGUCUUUGCCACAGCUGACACUGCUGGACUCGCCCACCACGCCGCACCAUUACCCUGA